UGUUACUUUAAUUUUACCAGAAAAAUGGUAAAGGAAAAAAACAUUUCUUUUGAUCAGAUCUACUCACUGUUAAAAUAAAUGACUCAACUUCGAAGUCUAUUGCUUGUUGUCAUAGAAAGCUCAAUUUGAAGAGGGACAUUUGGACAAUUACGUCAUUUUUUAUCAUCGUUACUCGCAUUAUGCAGUGCAAACAGUAAGAUCAUUGUCUUAAAUCGUCACGAAAUGCAAGAGGAUUUGUCGUUCGUAAAGAAUCAAAAUUGAUGGACUAGAAUCCAUAUCGAGCAUUGAGGUAUGAGGAUGCAGAGACAGAAUACAUUUUGAUUGGACAGCCAGACAAUGAUAAACCUCGCAGAAGAAUAACGACUAGAAUGAAAUACAUAUACCAUGGAUUUGUUUAUUACAACAACAAUGUUCAUGGCAAUCCACCAUUACGUUACUUAGGGUGCGCCGAGCACAAGAAGAACGGCUGUAGAGGCAGAGCGACGAUCCCGGUGAACGGAACCGUCGAGCAGUUGAAGGUGACCAAACCUCACAACCAUCCUCCAGAUCAGAUGGCCGAGGAGAAAGAGUCGUUUUUGAAAGAGCUGAAGAAGGCGGUGAGGUCGGACGCUAUGGAAGGCGCUACCUUGAAGAGGGUCUACGAGGGCGUUUCUGAAGCGUUUCCCACGGUUGCGUUUGAGAUUCCAUUCAAAUCCAUCAGUUCAUCGCUGCAUAGAUGGCGAAAAAAUCCAUGGAUGUAAAACUAAAAGAUUCAUAAUUAUAUAUUAUAUAAUUUUCAAGUUAUGUAAUAAUGGAAAAAGCUGUAUAUUACACAUAAUAUUCGGUAAUAAUAUCAGAACGAACGAAUUGAUGAAUCAGUUGUUAAGUGUACGAUGUAUUGUAAUAAUAUGCUAUAUUGAUUACGCAGUAAAGAAUUACGAGAAAGAAGA